AUGAAAUAUUAUAAAUAUUUUUUGAAAUUUAAAUAUAUUUUGUAUCAAUAUAUUUUUUUAAUAAUUGAUUUCUUUUUCUGGUAAAAUCUUAUUUCCUAACAUUAUUUUGGGUCCUCAAUAUAUUUUAGUAGAAAUUAACUUAAUUCUUCAUGUUAUUUCUUAUUUAUAACUUUGCUGUUAUCUAGCCAUAGCUAGUUAAUAUCUGUUAAGUAGUAUUAAAACAAGGGUUUCAAAUUUGACUUCUCAACCAAAUUUUUAGCCUUCAUAUUCCAUCUUUUUCCUUAGUUUUUUAGACUGAAUUUAAUAAAUUUGCAUAGCUGA